AUGUUUCGCUUCAGUGCAGCCGUCAUGGGCUUCGCUGCCAGCGUUUGGAUGAACCCCGUGCUGGAGCAGUUCGACAACAUCGUCACCAACGUGGCCAACUCCCACCGCUUGCAGGAGGAAUGCGAUGUGCUCUCCCUGAUUUUGGCGAAGGAGCAGGGGCCCAUCAACUUCUCAGAGUUCAAGGCUGUGAUGUUGGCCUCCCUGCGGUCCUUAGUGCCAAAGGAGUGGGACAGCCUGCAUGAGCAGGCGUGGAACUGGCUGUGGGAGAACGUGGAGCACAUCCUUCAAUUGCAGAUUGGGAAGCCCAAGUACUUUGAGAGCGCCUUGAAUCGCUUUAUGCGGAAUCUGACGGAGCAAGACUUGGUAUACCUGCGGAAGGAAGUGUACGUGCGCUUCUUCCUCAUUGCGCCAGCAGGGCAGGACUACUUCAAGCAGUCGAAUACGCGACUGGACUUCAUCGCAGACCGAGUUGUGGACAUGACCAUGGAUAUUUUCAGGGCCCCCCGGAAGUUGGUGGAGGACAUCUCCGCGCUGGGCCUGCGCCAUGUGGGCUACGAGGUGCCCGUGGAGCUGUUUUCUCCCUUCGUCGCGGCCGCGGUAGAAGUCGUGCGAGACAUGGCAACUGACAAGGCUGCGGCGGAGGGCUUCAACUGGGCGCUCACGCUGGUGGCCAAGAUUUUGACCCGCACAUGCCUGGAGGGCUCGACAAUCGUCAUGAAAGCCAUCAAUACCAACCAGGAGUCGGUGCUGCGUCGGGCCAUCUCGAUAGCACCACGGGCCAAGCGGGCCAUGGAGCUCCUGGAGAUCCGGGUCGGCACGGAAUCGAUCUCGCCCUUCUACUGGGCAGUGGAGUCUGGAAGUUUGAACUCUGCCAGAGCCAUGAUCGAGGACCUCCUCACAAUCCGGGCGGAUCGUGACAAGUACUACUUCGGCGCUGAUGAUCUUUUUGGGCGCCACCCAGAGGUGAUCAAGAAGCUGUGCGCAGAAGGUCCGCUGCUGUUGCCGGUGCUGUUUGAUGGUCUUAUCUGGCGUUCAAGGACGUCUCAUCACGGUGUAAGACGGGUGAACUACUUCAUCAAGCACUUGCUGCAGAGCAAGGAGGGCAAGUUUAAUCCCUGCUUGGAGUGGCUUGCUGAGUAUGGCAAUCCGAAGCUCAUAUCCCAUCCAGCUGUCAGCUUGCUUUCUGACACAGUCUGGCACAACCUUGCGAUCCCCUACUUCAUUUUGGGCCGUGCCUAUUUUUUGUUGACUCUCUUGGUGUUUGCGGCCAGCCAGUCGGUCGUGGCCAGCGUGGCCAACCACGGGGAAUACAGUAAAGCCGUGAACGCCACGGUCUUCAGCUUGAGAGUUUUCAUCUACUUGGGCAGCAUGGGUCGACUGCUCUCGCGCCAGUUUAUUCGCUUCGCGAAUGACUUGCGGCUUGGGCGGAUCGUUCGCGUGCGCGGCAUUGUGCCGGUGCCGGAACAUCUAUGCGAUGUGCAAGAGGCCUGCUACCUGUUGCUCAGCUUGACGUUGCUGCUCAUGUGCAUCUUUGAGCCGAUUUGGUGGUGCCUGAACGACAUGUACGGUGAUUUCCCUCACGCGGGGCUGUUCACAACCUACUGUCCCGCCGGCAUCGUCUGGAAGGAUAUAUAUGCUCUCCUCUCUGCCGUCGUCAUGCUCCUGUACUGCGGCUUGAUCACCGACCUCAGCAUCAUCAACAUGGAGAUCUCGGCUUUCUUCUUGUCUUGCCGCCGAAUGCUGAGGCAGUUCGCCCUUUUCCUCAUGGCAACUUUCUUCAUGACCUUGUCCUUUGCCUUGGCUUUGACGAUAUUGACACACCAGAGCGACAACUACUUGCCGCUUAGAGCAUUAACUUUUUGA